ACCAUUUUUAAUUUAGACGUAAAUCAUGUGACAAGAAAGUUUCACAACUAAUCAGUAAAAGUUUAACUGUUUUGGUCAAUUGGUUUAACAUUUGCUAUAUUUGAAUUAUAAGUGAAAAAAUUAUUGUGCCAUAAUUUCUUUUGUUUAUCAUACUAGUUGGCAAACAAAAGUUAAUUUUUUGUGUCCAAGAAACCGAGAUCAUCUUUAAAACAAAAGGCAAUUAAAUGUCUAUUUUUGACAAGAAAAUCUCCCGAAGAUGAGCUCCUAAAUUGGGUUUAAUCUCUGAAUAAGAUCUAUGCCAUGCUGAAAGUAUAUAUCUAUUAUGCGAAAAUUUUAAAUACAUGUGAAUAAAAAUAGUAGGGUGAAAGAAGAGCAUCAAUGGAUAGAAACCAACUGAAGGCACGCCUAGUUGCAAAACCAGAAGUCCUAAAACAAAAGCCACUGUUCAAAUCCAUGCAACCAGUAUUGAGAAGACAUAAAAAGGAGCAAGAAAGAACUCUUCCAUUAAAUCCACUGCCACACCUUCUUGAAUACAGAAGAAAACAAAACGAAAAAUCGAAUUUAAAUUAUCCUAUUGGAAUAAAUGUUUCAGCUGAGGAACCUGACUUAAAAAAAUUUAAACGAAAAAGCUCUGUUGAGCCAUUGGAAAAUAAAGCUACUCCUUUACCAGAUUUGCCAGAUGAAUUGAAAAAAUGUCAAGAGAAGAUAGAUAUAUCUGCAGGUUAUGGUAGAAUACCAACACCACCUGACAAGCCAGAUGAGUCACCAAAGUCAAGUAACUCACUUCGUUUAGGGAGAUAUAAAUCUGCCAAGCAACUGGACAAAAGUUUAGAGGAUAUAAUUGACUCUGAACUGUCUGAUCCAGUGCAAAUAUUAAAGCUUGUGAGAACGUAUCCCAAUGUUGGAUUUUUAUACAUGUCUGCAGAUGUUGACAAAUCUUCCAUAAAAUAUAACCCUUACAAUGUUAAGAUUGUCCGCCACAGCAAAAUAAACCAAGCUGAUCAUUACACCAUCAGUAAAUCUGGUGUAACGCACAUCUGUAAUGACGAAGCUGAUUUCACACCUUUAAGCCAAUGGGAAAAAGAUCUUCAUCAUUAUUCAAAACUGAUAAAGAUCAAAAUGUUUGCUAAUUUUCGCAAAUGGAAAGCUUUUUAUGUGUGGAAAAAGAAUGUCAGGGGGAGAAAAAUUAGCAUUGCAAAAAAUCGUCUGCAAAACGACCUGUUCAUUGUCAAUAUGUCUCUCUGUCCAGCUUUACUUAGUAUUCGAGAUAUGUGUCAUAGAAUCAGUGAUAUGGGAUUGUGUCAAGUUGAGAAAGGCGUCACAUACACUCUGGACGAAUUCAGAAGUGUACAGUUUCACCAGUUACAUCAAGUUGCGGGAAGAUUGUCAGAGUUUCAUGAACUUGUUAAAGAAGUUGUACGUAGUGCAUGCCGUACUGCCUUACUUGGUGUGGGAUUUAUUCCAGAUGAACAUUAUGAUCAAUUAAGUAAUUUUGAAGAUGACACCUUAGAAUCCCCUUUUAAUGAUGAAUUCGAAAUGUAUGAGGAACCUGAUAAAAUGACUUACACCGAGCAAGCAAAUAAACGCAGUCAUUGUAAACGAUUAACAAGUUUUAUUCGACUAGCUGAUUAUGUCAUUGUUAAUACUAUGCAUCACUUGGUUGUAAAUUCCAUUGAAAUAUUGUUGGCUUAUUUACAAGAACAGUUGCAAAACGUGGAAGUCAAAGAUCAAAUGGAAAAUGACAAUAAGCUGGAGGAGAGUGUUUUACAUCCCUUAUUUAAAGUGGAGCUGUUAUUGGAGCCUAAGUCUCUGCACUUUUCACCAAGUCUUGAAGAAUUUCGACAAGGUAUUGGAGAGAUCAUAGGAAGCUUCCAAGAUACUGUACUAGGUCUGGCUAAUCUUGUACCAGAUUUUUAUUUUGAUGCAUUUACCAGACCUGUUAUUAAUGGAAAAAUUGAGGAAAAGACAUGUGGAGAGGGACCAAGCCUAGUCAACAUGUUUGACGAUGAUCUUCACUUACAGGACGUCAUUCAGAACAUCAAAGAAUCUCUUAAUGAAGGGUUCAGUGCAUCUAAUAAAUAUGCUGCUACGUUUCAAAAGUACCAAAUGUUUUAUUUGGAAAACGAGGCGUUAGAUCUGAAAAGUGUCCGGAUGGAAGAACAUGAUGUGGCGUACUUUUCCGAAGCACUCAAGAAGUAUACCAAAGAGCACAACUUAGCUGUUUCCAUAGAAGAGACAAAACAUGUUGGUAUGAUGUUGGUUGACACUAAGAAGUUAAAAGAUGUGCUCACACCAUCUCCCUUGAAAUGUUUAGAGGUUAUACAUGAUAUUUUACCUUUGCUUGCGAAAAAACAAGUUGAUGUUUUGAUCCAAUUCUCACAAAAUGCACAAUAUAACCUUGGAUCGAAACCUCAGUCAACUACAGAAUAUGUUGAAACAUUGACAUUCUUAGAUGAUAUUCAAGAUCAAAUAGAUGAAAAAGAGAAAGAUUCAGAAGUAGUGAAGCAGCUGUAUGAUUUAAUUGAGCAGUACAAUGUGCCAACACCUCCAGAAGAUUUAGCAGUCUAUCAGACGCUAAAAUCAUCCAUAAAUGGUGUCAGAAAUUCCAUUGAUAAGUCUUUGGCAGAACGUGACCAAAAUAUUGACAAAUUCUGUGCAUCUCUUGAUAAAGAUAUUAGUCAACUUGGAAAGGAAGUAAAGGCAAUGAAACAAGAAGUUCAGAAUCCUGUCAUUCUUGAUGCAAAUUCAACUGCCAAUACGAUUACUGACUUGCUUAAAAACAUGCAAGAUAAAAUGGAGGAAUUUCAGCAACGUGCAUUUCAGUAUAAAACAUACCAGAAGAACUUCAAAGUUGAAGUCACUAAGUAUGAAGAAUUAGAGGAAGUGCAUGCAGAAAUUAGAUUAAAACAACUUCUAUGGGAUUCACUAAGAGAAUGGGAUUUAUCUGUUGAUCAGUGGUUACAGUUACCAUUCGAAGAGAUUAAUCCAGAAGACAUGAAUACACAAGUGAUGAAAUAUGUUAAAGCUGUCAUGCAACUAGAGAAGGGAUUGCCCCCAAAUAGCGUUGUGCCAAUUUUAAAAGAAAAAGUUGAAAGCAUGAGGUCAAAGCUCCCAACUAUAUCAGACUUGCGAAAUCCUUCACUAAAGUCACGUCAUUGGGAUUCAAUUGAAACUAUAUUAAAUCACAAGUUUACUAGUGACUCUGUGUUAACACUUGGUUUACUUAAUGAGCUUGAUGCAUUUGAACAUUCCGAAGAAAUUCAAGAAGUUUCCUCUCAAGCAUCUAGUGAGGCGUCAUUAGAAGGUAUUUUAAAAAAGGUUGAAGAUUCUUGGAAAUCAGCAGAGUUUAUUGUUCUUCCACAUCGUGAUUCAAAAGAUGUGUUUAUUUUGGGUGGUACUGAUGAUAUUCAAGUCCUCCUUGAUGACAGCCAGGUUAAUGUGUCAACAAUUGCAAGCUCUCGUCAUGUGGGACCCAUACGUCCUAAAGUUGAUGAAUGGGUUAAACAACUUGCAUUAUUCAGUCAGACAAUGGAUGAAUGGAUUAUCUGUCAAAGAAAUUGGUUAUACCUUGAAAGUAUAUUUAGUGCACCCGACAUCCAACGGCAACUUCCAGCAGAAGCAAAAAUGUUUAUGCAGGUUGAUAAAUCUUGGAAAGAUAUUAUGAGAAAGUUAAAUCGUUUGCCAAAUGCGUUACGUGCAGCAACUCAGCCAGGCCUUUUGGAAACUUUCCAACAAAACAAUGCUUUAUUGGAUCAAAUUCAAAAAUGUCUGGAGGCUUAUCUUGAAUCCAAAUGUGUUGUUUUUCCAAGAUUUUAUUUCCUAUCAAACGAUGAGCUGCUUGAGAUUUUAUCACAGACAAGAAAUCCACAUGCUGUACAGCCACAUUUACAAAAAUGCUUUGAUGCCAUUUCAAAGUUGGAAUUUGGUUCUGCUCCACAAGCAGCACUUGAUCAGUCAAUGAAUGAACGUCCCAGCUCUGCCACAGCUGCUAAGAGUAAUGACAUUUUAGCAAUGAUAUCACCUGAAGGUGAACAAGUUGGUUUGACUAAGGGAUUAAAAGCUCGAGGGAAUGUGGAAGACUGGCUUGGUAAAGUUGAAGAGUCUAUGGUCAAUGCAUUAAGAAAACUUGUUAAAGGAGCAAUAGCUGAUUACGAACUCAAAUCACGAGAAGAAUGGGUUACAUUACAUUCAAGUCAAGUUGUUUUGACAGUAUCUCAAACAAUGUGGUGUGUCGAUGUCAAUGCAGUGCUCACUUGUAAAGGUGAUCGAUUAGAAGCAAUGAAAAACUUUGAACAAAAGUCAUUUAAAAACUUGAAUAACCUGGCAGCAUUAGUACGUGGAAAACUUCCUAAGUUGACUCGAAAUAUAUUAUGUGCAUUGAUUACAAUUGACGUUCAUGCCAGAGAUAUCAUUAGUGGCAUGGUAGAAAAGCAGAUUGAUAAUGAAAAUGAUUUUGAGUGGUUAAAGCAAUUACGAUAUUAUUGGGACACAGACAUUGAUAAUUGCAUUGUCCGCAUGUCAAAUUCGCAAUACAUUUAUGGUUAUGAAUAUCUUGGUGCGUCACCCAGAUUGGUCAUUACACCGCUUACUGAUCGUUGCUAUCUAUGCCUUAUGGGUGCAUUACAAUUGGAUCUGGGGGGAGCUCCUGCUGGCCCAGCUGGUACUGGUAAAACAGAAACGACGAAAGAUCUUGCAAAAGCUCUAGCAAAGCAAUGUGUUGUGUUUAAUUGCUCAGAAGGCUUGGAUUAUAAAAUGAUGGGAAGAUUUUUCUCAGGCCUGGCUCAGUCAGGGGCUUGGUGUUGUUUUGAUGAAUUUAAUCGUAUUGAUAUUGAAGUCUUGUCAGUUAUUGCUCAACAACUGUUGACGAUACGAAAUGCUAAACUGGAAAGGGCUACUCGUUUUAUGUUUGAAGGAAGAGAAAUCAAACUUGUACCAACUUGUGCAGCUUUUAUUACAAUGAAUCCUGGAUAUGCUGGUAGAACAGAAUUACCUGAUAACUUAAAAGCAUUGUUCAGACCUAUGUCUAUGAUGGUGCCAGACUAUGGUUUAAUUGCGGAGGUCAUUCUGUAUUCUGAAGGUUUUGAGUCUUCUAAAACAUUAGCCAGAAAAAUGGUGAACAUGUAUCGCUUAUGUUCGGAGCAGUUGUCCCAACAAGACCAUUAUGAUUUUGGCAUGAGAGCAGUUAAAUCUGUCCUUGUCAUGGCUGGUUCAUUGAAAAGAACACAUCCAAACUUGAAUGAGGAUGUUGUAUUGAUAAGAGCAUUAAGAGAUAGCAAUUUACCAAAAUUUCUAGCUCAGGAUGCAAUUUUAUUCAGAGCUAUUCUGCAAGAUUUAUUUCCUGGUGUUGACAUUCCAGAACAUGAUUAUGGUAAACUACAAUCAGCUAUCGAGGAAUGUAUCGUAAACAAAGGCUUACAAAACAUUCCGUCAAUGGUAAAGAAAACAAUACAGCUAUAUGAAACAAUGUUGGUGCGACAUGGUGUUAUGAGUGUCGGUCCAACAGGUGGUGGUAAAACUAGUAGUUAUCAGGUUUUAAAAGAUGCACUAACAAAACUACAUGCAGAUGGUGAAGAGCACAGUUUUUAUCAGCCUGUCCAUACAUAUGUUCUCAACCCGAAGUCCAUCGACAUGGGUGAAUUGUAUGGUGAAGUUAAUAAGCUCACAAUGGAAUGGAAAGACGGAUUAAUGGCAGUGUCUGUGCGACAUUGUGUUCAGGACACUUCUGAUGAACAUAAAUGGAUUGUUUGUGAUGGACCUGUGGAUGCAUUGUGGAUUGAAAAUAUGAAUACGGUGCUUGAUGACAACAAAAUGUUGUGUCUGGCCAACUCGGAACGUAUCAAAUUAAAUUCAACUAUCCAUAUGUUGUUUGAAGUACAAGAUUUAGCUGUAGCUUCUCCUGCAACUGUCAGCAGAUGUGGUAUGGUGUAUUAUGAUCCUGAAAAUCUUGGCUGGAAACCCUAUGUUAAAUCAUGGAUUCAGAAAGUUGGUCCUAAAUUUAAACAGGAAACACAAAAUUAUCUCAUGAAUUUGUUUGAACGUUAUAUCGACGAAGCACUGACAUUUGUUCGAAAAAAAUGCAUACAAGCCAUGCCUCAGGUCAGCAUCAGUAAAGUGACAACUCUAUGUGCAUUACUUGAAAGUUUGGUGUUUAGUGUUUCUGGUCCAGAUUCAUUUUUGGAUGUUGUCAAACUGCAUCCUUUAAUAGCAUCUGUGUUUUGCUUCUCCUUUCUUUGGUCUCUUGGUGGAAAUUUAGUGGAAGCAAGUAUGGAUUUGUUUGAUUCGUUCAUGAGGGAACUUUUUCAAGAUAAUAGUGAUAUCCGGCUACCUGCGUCUGGAGAUAUGUACAGCUAUUUUGUUGACUUGGAAUCGAAACGUUUUGAGCCAUGGGAAAAAAUCAUACCCUCAUUCAAGUACAAUCCAGAAAUUCCAUACUUUGAUUUACUAGUACCUACAGUAGAUACAGUACGAUAUGGGUACCUUAUGGAAAAACUGCUGACUGUUAAUAAAUCUGUCCUGUACACAGGCACUACUGGAGUAGGAAAGUCUGUCAUCGCAAAAGGAAUGUUAAAUGAUAUUGCAGAACGAGCUGACUACGUACCACUAUUUCUAAACUUUUCUGCACAAACAAGUAGCAUUCGUACUCAAGAAAUGAUUGAAUCAAAACUGGAUAAGAAAAGGAAGAAUAUUCUAGGUGCACCUCCGGGUAAAAGGGUGAUACUAUUCGUAGACGAUUUAAAUAUGCCUAAAUUGGAUACAUACGGUUCUCAACCGCCGAUAGAAUUACUCAGACAAUAUCAGGAUUUCGGAGGCUUUUAUGAUCGUGAGAAGUUAUUCUGGAAAGAAUUACAGGAUGUGACAAUCUGCUCUGCUUGUGCACCACCUGGUGGAGGUAGAAAUCCGGUAACACCAAGAUUUCUUCGACAUUUUAGUAUGUUAUCUAUACCUGUUGCUUCAGAUCAUGCACUUAAGCAUAUUUUUAAGUCCAUACUGAAAGGUUUUCUGCUAGACUUUCCGACUGCAGUUCGUGAUGCAGCAGAAUCUAUUGUGUCAGCAAGUGUGGAAAUAUACAACAGAAUGAGUACAGAUUUGUUACCAACCCCUGCUAAAUCUCAUUAUGUGUUUAACCUUCGUGAUUUAUCAAAGUGUAUCCAAGGCGUUCUGCAAGCUGAUCCAGGAGUGAUAAGAGAGAAGGAUCAGAUCUUUCGAUUGUUCUGCCACGAAGCACAGCGUGUUUUUCAUGAUCGUUUGAUAAACAAUGAAGAUAAAACAUAUUUUAAUGAAAUGAUGGUUGAAAUGGCUCAGAAACAUUUUUCAACUGCUUUAACCACUGAUGAACUUGAAAAUAAGCCAAUCAUAUUUGGAGAUUUUUUAAAAAUUGGUGCUGAUUCAGCUGACAGAAUGUAUGAAGAUUUGACAGAUAUGAAUAAAUUGAAAGCUGUUCUUAAUGAUUACUUAGAUGAUUACAAUAUGUCGUCAUCCAAAGAAAUGAAACUUGUAUUUUUUAUUGAUGCGAUCAAACAUGUUUCUCGUAUUGCUCGUAUGGUUCGUCAGCCACGUGGUAAUGCAUUGUUGGUUGGUGUUGGUGGGACAGGAAAACAAAGUCUUACAAGGUUGGCAUGUCACAUGUCUAACUACAGAUGCAUUCAGAUUGCACUUACGAGAGGUUACGACUACUCAUCAUUUCGUGACGAUUUGAAACAGUUGUAUUAUUAUGCUGGUGUGAAGGGAGAGAAUACUGUCUUUCUUUUCUCAGAUACACAGAUUGUUGUUGAAGAGUUUUUGGAAGAUAUCAAUAACAUUCUCAAUUCUGGAGAGGUACCAAAUUUAUUUGAAGCUGAUGAAUAUGAGCAAAUGAUAAUUGGAACUAGACCAUUUGCUAAAGAAGCUGGAAUUCCUGAAAGUGCAAGAGAUGCGAUAUUUGCACAUUUGAUAAGUCGUGUAAGAAACAACCUUCAUAUAGUCUUAUGUAUGAGUCCUGUUGGAGAAGCAUUUAGAACACGAUGUCGUAUGUUUCCUUCCCUAGUUAACUGUUGUACUAUUGACUGGUUCACAGAAUGGCCAAGGGAAGCAUUGUUGGGUGUCUCUACCAGUUUCUUUGAAGAAGUUGAUCUUGGAAGUGAUGAAGUUAAGGAGAGUAUAGCUGAGAUGUGCGUAGAAAUACACACAAGUGUCAGUCACAUGGCUGACAGAUUUUACGGAGAGUUGAAACGACGAUACUACACAACUCCUACCAGCUAUUUGGAGCUGAUUAGUCUAUAUCUAUCAAUGCUGGAUGAAAAGAGAAGACAACUAGUCGCGGCUAAGGAUCGUGUGAAGAACGGUUUAAAAAAACUUCUAGAAACCAAUGAGUUAGUUGAUACUAUGCAGGUCGAGCUUGUGGCAUUAGAACCCGAACUAAAACAAAAGUCACUGGAUACAGAAAAGCUUAUGGAGAGAUUACAAGUUGAUCAAGAGGAAGCUGAUAAAGUACGAGAGGUUGUCAUGGCAGAUGAAGCAGUAGCAAGUAAAAAAGCAAAAGAAACGGAAGCCAUUGCUGCUGAUGCACAGAAGGAUUUGGAUGAAGCCUUACCUGCACUCGAAGCUGCAAAUAAAGCACUAGAUUCUCUUGAUAAAGCUGACAUUUCUGAAUUGAGAGUAUUCACUAAGCCACCUGAGAUGGUAAUGUUCAUCAUGGAAGCUGUUUGUAUUUUACUUGGUUCAAAACCUGAUUGGGCAUCAGCGAAAACUCUACUUGGCGAUAACAACUUUUUAAAAAGACUAAUCGAAUUUGAUAAGGAUAAUAUACCAGAUUCAUCAUUAAGAAAACUUAAAAAAUACAUUGAGGAUCCAAGAUUUUAUCCAGAAAUUGCAGAAAAAUCUUCCAAAGCUUGCAAAUCAAUGUGUCUGUGGGCACGAGCGUGUGAUUUAUAUGCAAAAGUGUUGAAAACUGUGGAACCCAAACGACGAAGAUUGGCUGGUGCACAAGCUGAGUUGGAUGAAACCAUGGCAGUGUUGAAAGAAAAACAGGAUAAACUUGCAUCAGUUGAAGCAAAGAUAGCUGAGCUGAAAGCCACGUAUGACCAAAGCGUAGCAGAAAAAGAUAACCUCACUAAGAACAUAGCUCAAACUGCGGCACGAUUAAAGAGAGCGUCAAAGCUUACUUCUGCUUUAGGAGAUGAACAAGGAAGGUGGACGGAAAACGUUGCUGCUUUUGAAGUGGACAUCGGAAAUGUUGUUGGAAAUGUUUUUGUUGCAGCUGCUUGUGUUGCGUAUUUUGGAGCAUUCACUAGUUCCUACAGAGAGGAGUUGAUUCAAUCAUGGGUGAUGCGUUGUAAAGAACUGGGCAUUCCUGCAUCAAACGACUACAGUCUGAUACAGGUGUUGGCAGAUCCAUUUGAGAUACGUCAAUGGAACACUGAAGGUUUGCCAACUGAUAACUUAUCAACAGAAAAUGCAAUUCUUGUGACGCGAGGACGAAGAUGGCCAUUGAUGAUUGACCCUCAGGAUCAAGCCAAUCGCUGGAUCCGAAACAAAGAAGCUAAAAAUGGAUUGAAAGUAAUCAAAUUAACUGACGGGAACUUCCUUCGAACGUUAGAAAAUUGUAUCCGCAUAGGCAUGCCAGUUUUGUUGGAAGAGAUCGGCGAAACUUUAGAUCCAUCGUUAGAGCCUAUUCUACUCAAACAAACGUUUAUUUCUGGAGGUCGAUUGCUUAUUAGACUUGGUGACACCGAUGUGGAUUACGACAAAAACUUUCGCUUUUACAUGACGACGAAGCUUGCUAACCCUCAUUAUUUGCCAGAAGUUUGCAUCAAAGUAACCAUUAUAAAUUUCACGGUCACUAAAACUGGAUUGGAAGACCAGCUAUUAGGUGAUGUUGUAAGAAUUGAACGACCUGAUUUGGAAGAACAAAGAAAUAAACUGAUUGUUCGAAUAAACAGUGAUAAAAAUCAACUGAAAGCCAUCGAAGAUCGAAUUUUGAAACUUCUUUUCAAUUCUGAAGGUAACAUUCUAGAUGACGAGGUUUUGAUCAACACGUUGAAUGAAUCAAAGGUGACAUCGGGUAUCAUUACAAAGCGUUUAAUCGAAGCUGAGAAAACUGAAGAACAAAUAACAACUGCUCGCGAAAAGUAUCGCUCUAUUGCAACUCGUGGUUCCGUCAUGUACUUUGUUGUCGCUUCUUUAGCAGAAAUGGAUCCUAUGUAUCAGUAUUCCCUCAAAUAUUUCACCCAGCUGUUUAAUACAUGCAUAGAAAAUUCGCCACAAGUUGAAACGUUGGAACAGCGAUUAGAAUUACUACUUAAAAGAUGCACUUCGACAGUAUAUGCUAACGUAGCUAGAGGAUUGUUUGAGAAGGACAAGCUGGUGUUUUCUUUCAUGAUGUGUGCUGACAUUAUGCGACAGGCUGGCAGUAUAAAAGAGGAAGAAUGGAAUUACUUCUUGAGAGGAAAUGCAGGUGUGGAAGGCACGUAUCCGAGCAAACCAGACAUACCGUGGUUGUCUGAACAAAAUUGGAAAGAUUGCUGCAACUUGGAGGACAUUUUUCCAAACAUGAAAGGCUUUACUCAACAGUACAUAAGUAGACCUUUUGCGUGCAACAUUGGAAACUUCAAGGUGAGAAUCAACCCAGAGAGCUGGGAUGGCUACACAGCUGGCACACGUGAGGAUGACUGGCAAAAUAAACUCAGCCUUUUCGAGCAACUUAUCGUCAUCAAAUCGUUCAAAGAAGAAAAAGUGACUUUCGCCAUGGCAGAAUUUGUUCAAGCUAAUUUGGGCAAAGAAUUUAUUGAAAGUCCGUCAGUUGAUUUGAGCAUACUUUUCGAAGACAUGUCUGCUACGAUACCACUUGUGUUUGUGUUGUCGACAGGCUCAGACCCCAUGAACGCUUUCAUGAGAUUUGCGAAAGAAAUGGGUUACAUGAGCAGAAUUCACGCUAUAUCUCUUGGACAGGGUCAAGGCCCUGUUGCAGAAAAACUAAUCGGAAGCGCUGUAAAAGUUGGAGACUGGGUAUUUCUUCAGAAUUGUCAUCUGGCAGCAUCGUGGAUGUUAUCCAUGGAAAACAUAGUGAAAGAAAUUUCAUCGAAUUCUGGAUCAGUUCACCAGGACUUCAGGCUGUUUUUAAGUUCGAUGCCAGCCAAAUGUUUUCCGGUCACAGUUCUUCAAAACAGUAUCAAAGUGACUAACGAACCUCCGAAGGGAUUGAGAGCAAAUAUCAAGCGUGCAUUUGGCGAGAUUCAAGCUGAAAUCUUCGAAACACAUGUGCUAGGUACAACUUGGAGACGAUUAGUGUUUGGGUUGUGUUUCUUUCACGCCAUCAUACAGGAGAGAAAAAAGUUUGGACCGCUUGGUUGGAAUAUCAAGUAUGAGUUUAAUGAUUCUGAUCGCGAAUGCUGUUUGGAAAAUUUAAGAAUAUUUGUAGAGGAUGGAAUUAUACCGUGGGAUGCUCUUAUUUUCAUCACUGGCCAGGUCACUUAUGGUGGUCGCGUCACAGACGAGUGGGAUCAACGUUGUUUACGAACUGUUCUGACAAGAUUCUUCGCACCGUACACUUUAGAGGAAUCGUACACCUUCUCUGAUUCAGGAAUUUAUUACGCGCCUAACUCUACCAGUUUGCAAGAGUACAGACAAUACAUUGAGGAAUUACCAUUGAAUGAUGAACCAGAAAUAUUUGCCAUGCAUGAAAACGCGAACUUAGCAUUCCAGAUUCAAGAAACACAGAAUAUGUUGCGUACUAUCCUAGAAGUACAACCGCGCAUGUCAACCAGUGGCAGUGGGAAAACGAGCGAUGAAAUCGUAUACGAAUUAUCGGAAAGUAUUUUGGAUAAGCUACCGGAUAUAUUGGAUAUUGAUAAAGCGUCUAAGGAAUUAUUUGCGACUGACAGCAAAGGAAGAUUGAACUCGUUGACAACAGUACUUGGACAGGAAGUGGAUAGAUUUAAUAACCUAUUGCGUGUAAUUAAAAAUUCGUUAAAACAACUUCAGAAGGCCAUCAAAGGAUUGGUAGUGAUGUCGCUGGAACUUGAUCUUGUUUAUACAAGUUUUAUAAAUAACCAGGUGCCAACGUUAUGGUCAAAUGCUGCGUAUCCAUCUUUAAAGCCUCUUGGAGGUUGGGUAAAAGAUUUGGUGUUAAGAACUGGAUUUAUUGAUAAUUGGAUAGAACGUGGUUUGCCAAAAUCAUUUUGGUUAUCCGGAUUUUUCUUUCCGCAAGGUUUCCUUACCGGGACAUUACAGAACCAUGCUCGGAAAUACAGUCACCCCAUAGACCAGCUAUCCUUCCAUUACAAGUUAGUUCCAACGUAUCGUUACCAGGAAGAAGUUGCUGAUGCUUUAACAAAACUAAAACAUGGUGAAACUCUUGCGUUAGACGCAGAUAAAGAUUUGCCAGAAGAUGGUGUUUUAGUCCAUGGAUUAUUUCUUGAAGCAGCAAGAUGGGAUGAUAGAAAGAUGAUGAUAUGUGAUGCUGUGCGUGGUGAAAUGACGGCCCCAUUACCUGUUUUACACAUGGAACCUAAAAUCAACUUCGUACCAGAUGAAGCAAAGUAUAAAUGUCCCUUGUACAAGACUGCAGAGAGAGCUGGCACUUUAUCUACCACCGGACACUCAACAAAUUUUGUGGUGGCUGUUUAUUUACCAAGUGACAAGCCUCAAGAUUAUUGGAUAUCAAAGGGAACAGCGCUUCUGUGUCAGCUUAACGAGUAAAUUUUUUGAAAAAAAAAUUGUCAUUUUUAUUAUUUUUUGGACUUUAUUUCAUGCGUGCAAAAACGGCCUAAUUAGAAAUUACGUAUCUAUAAAAAAUCAGUAGGCAAAAUGUGUCAUAAGCAGAUCAACUACAUUCUAGUGUGAAAAAAGUCCUAUUUUUGUGCUGUUUGCGAAAAAUAUUUUUAUUAUAACUUAUUUUAAUUCGGAGUGUUGUAUAUAUAUAUAGUUAAUAUAUUUUUGAAGAUA